AAGGAUGAGUAGUACAGGCUGUGGAGGGAAUGAGAAAUAGUACAGACAAGGGAGGAAAGGAGUAGUAGAUAAAGAUGGGAAGGAGAAGUAGUACAGACAGAUAGAGAAGUAGUGCAGACAGAUGACGGAAGAAAGAGUACGGGCAGAGGAGAGAAGGAGGAUGUAUAUAGAGUGAAGGAGGAGUAGUAGUACUUGCAGAGGAAGGAGGAGUAGUAGUGGUGGUGGAGAGUCUCCUCCCGGCAGGCGGAUCUCAAGUCACAAUUCAUUCCAGACUGACUACAACUCUGCAACGUGUCCGGGCUGCAUCAGCCUCGUCUACUGCCCCAGAUGGAGAACUGUAAGAAUGGCUGUGAGAACGGAGCCCCUUCCUGUGACGGGGAUAAUGAUCACGUACCUGGCGCCUUUAAGGCAUCGGACAUCGCCAUUGAACUGACCACCUCACCCAAAGAAAAGCCUGACCCAAGCACUCUGGUCUUUGGCUCAGCAUUUACUGAUCACAUGUUCAUUGUUGAAUGGUCAUUGAAGAACGGAUGGGAGAAACCUACCAUCAAGCCUUUCCAGAACAUUUCCAUCCACCCUGCCUGCUCAGCACUUCACUACGCCAUCCAGCUGUUUGAAGGACUGAAGGCUUACCGUGGUGUGGAUGGGAAGAUCCGAUUGUUUCGACCACAACUGAACAUGGAUCGAAUGAUGCGCUCUGCUGUCAGAAUGACUCUGCCGCCUUUCGAGAAGAAGGAACUUCUGGAAUGCAUCAAGAAAUUGAUCGACAUAGACAGAGAGUGGGUGCCAAAGUCCACCGAUGCCAGUCUGUACGUCCGCCCCAUCUUUAUGAGCACUGAGCCCUCUCUAGGUAUAAAGAGACCGUCCAAGGCCAUGCUCUAUGUCAUCCUCAGCCCGGUCGGGGCAUAUUUCCAAAGUGGGGCUUUUAGUCCAGUGUCACUGUGGGCCAAUCCAAAGUAUGUCCGCGCCUGGAAGGGAGGCACCGGAGACAGCAAGGUUGGAGGGAAUUAUGGGAACUCCAUGUUUGCUCAGUAUGAGGCUCAGGAUGCCGGCUGUCAGCAGGUCCUCUGGUUAUAUGGGGAGGAUGAGCAGAUCACCGAAGUUGGGACAAUGAACCUCUUCCUGUAUUGGACAAAUGAAAAUGGAGAACUAGAACUGGCUACUCCACCCCUAGAUGGGAUCAUUCUUCCUGGAGUAACAAGGCAUAGUAUACUAGACCUCGCCAAGAAAUGGGGUGAGUUUAAGGUUUCUGAGCGUUACAUCACCAUGAAGGAAUUGUUGACUGCACUGAAAGAAAACCGAGUGAAGGAAAUGUUCGGUUCCGGUACGGCCUGUGUGGUUUGUCCAGUUGGAACUGUACAGUACAAGAAUGAGAAUGUACAUAUCCCGACAAUGGAGAAUGGACCUAAAAUUGCUGCUCGUGUAUUGAAAGAGCUGGCCGAUAUCCAGUAUGGAAGGACGGAGAAUUCCUGGACCAUUGUGGUGGGCAGCUCCUAGACACCCUCCCGAAUUGUGAACACAAAGAACACAAGACAUACAAGUAGAGCCCGCUGUAUAGUAUCACCCGGUGUAUUGUGGGUGUCGGUGUUUCUAUCCAUGGGUUUAGCUAUUAGAAACCCUUUCUAUCUGUAGAAAUCUGUGAAACACAAUAAGCACUUUUCCCAAUCAUAUCUUGAAUGAGAUGCCUCGUAUUAAUGUGCUCAAAGUAUCGAUCAUAAAUUCUAAUCCAAUGCACCAAAUAUCAGGGCACAGUGUGAAGGCUCUUCACUCUGUGCUUGCUUUAAUGUGGAAUAAUCAGGGUUUUAUGCAUUAGAUUAUCUGUUUUAUUACAUUGUGGUGAGAAGCACCCAACAAUGUGAACAGUUUUGUAUCUGAAGCAGCCAAAAGACAUUUUAAUUAGGGUGUUUUAUACUUUAAAUUCUCGCAGAGCAAUAUCUGAUGACGCACAAGGUUUGUGAAGCACAAAGUGAUUCCGAAGAUCCAACUCUAUCAUGUCAGCUGUAUAGCUUUUGUAUCAUCAAUAUAAAAUUAAUGGCACUACAAUUUAGAAAUGACUAGACUUAUUUCAGUAAAAGCCAAUGGACCCCAGUAUUACCCCAUUCCUUUAGUAGAAUAGAGCUAUUAUUUGAGACAGCUGGUACCUGCUAUAACUAGGGCUCCCAUCCCACCAUUGCCCAGUUCCAGGAGGUGAUGGUUAUCCGGGGCCAGGCUGAGAGGUAGGCAGAGGAGACAGUUGCCUUAGGUGCUUCAACAGGAGAGGAGAGCAAAAUGGGCAGGACCUGCAACCUAUGCCGCUGAGAUAGUUCGCAACUCAUGGGGUGAGGCGGGGGGCACUAUGGCCUUUUGUCUUGGGUGUUAAAUGACCUUGUCCCAAGCAUGGUGCUUAGGAAUAAGUGGAAUAGAUUUAGCUGCGAAAUGACUGAAUUUGCCAAUGAAUUUUCACCACACUCUUAACUUUUAAUUUUCCUCACUGAGCUGCUUAGGAGAAAUUUGCGCUUUUUAUUUUAUUUGGGUUUUUAGGUAGCUUAGCUUAUCUCAUUUAAUGUUUUGUAUUUUCCCCCUUUUUAUGUAUUUAUUUGUUAUUUCUGGACUGUUAUUCUUCUUUUAUUUUUUUUGCUGUGUGUUUUUUCUUAUGUAAAAUAAAGCAAAUUAUAAUGCGGCUAAUGGGGGGCCAUUUUAAUUUUUUUUGGCACAAGAACAGUCCCAAAUACAUAAGUGGAGCUUCUGUAACCCCUUAGAGACCUUUAAAGUUCAAUGCACCCUUAUGAACUAUUCUACAUACUUGUUUGACCAUUUUCCCAAAAUGCUAACACUUUGCUGAAAUCUCCUUAUUUUCACUGGCAUUUUGGUGGAAAUUAAAACUCUUGAUCUCGCUCAUCACUCAUAGUGGUGGCAUUUCUGCUGCAGCAAUGACACGUUUGGCCUGGUAUUAGCACCACUUUGGCAGUCAGGCACUGUUACUGGAUUUUUGCUGUGACAGAGAAGCAGUAAUAGUAAAAUGAUGUAAAUAAUAAAAAAAAGUUCCUAAAACCGCAAGUUCCUGUCUCUUUUCCAUCAACCCCCGGUGACUAGUUCAGUAAAGCUAGGACAAGAUUGACAGCUCCGAGGUUUCUCUUUUUUAAACCAGCCAGUAGGUUCAAGAAAAAUCCAGUAUAGUUGAAAUUCACCAUGCAUGGUGCAAUAGUUUCAGAUGCAUAUGAGAUGGUAUUUCUGCACAGCACAUUGUGGCCAUUGCAAUGUAUAUGGAUACACUUUUCUAAACAGUUCCAGAUUUAACAAAAAUCGAAGCCACAAUUUUUCCACCACCGGUGACAGCGUUCGUUUGCGGACUUUUCACUGGUCACCCUCCAUUAAUAUUCAUGAUGGGCAGCUGUAAUGGUUGUAGUUGUCUGUUCUGUGGCAGCAAUAAUAUUGAUUGAUCUGUACUGUAUUAUCCACUUAUUUCAUUAUAAUCAGACCAAUGGCUGAUAAUUACUAUGUGAAGUGUUUGUCUCAUCCUGAACACUCCAGAUAUUUUGUGUUCAUUUGUGGGUUUAUGUGAAUAAUCAAUAAACCGUGUUUAAUAAAAAGUAUUUCCCGG